AUGAAGCUCUUCGCGGCGUUUUCCGUCUUUUUAGGUGCGAAUGCCCAAAGAGAUUCGUCUCUGAGGCCAACAGACGGGAUCUCACAACAGGGCGCAAUCACGGAAGGUCUGGAAGAUGGAGACUUCAUCCCUUCUUUCGCCAAUUUGACCGAUUGGCUCGAUGUACCUGACUUUCCGAGCGACCAAAAUCCAAUGGACACGAUUUCCGCCGCUCAUAGAAUCGUUCGUCGGGCUAGCCUCGAUAGCAACGCUAGAAACAGUCUGUUGCAGACCGAGCAGUUUGUUGAAGGAUUCUUGAGACAGAUGACCCAAGAUGAAAUUGAUAAUCCAUUUGGAAGCGCAAGGUCUGAUUUUGAGAUUUUUCAGGCUGCUGCUACUGCCAAGAGCUUCAUCAAUGCCCCAUCUACCCGAACAGAAGGACUUUGCGACGAGAGAAUCUACUCCCUCGAUGGAAGCUGCAACCACCCCGAGAACUUCGGAAAAGUCCUCGACAGUUACGUCCGCUUGACUCCGGCAAACUACUGUAACAAUCGAGAUUCGACUCGUUGUUUUGACAAUGGUCAGCCGCUUCCCCAGCCGCGAAAGAUCUCCCUUUUGAUGCAAGAACAAGGCGGAGAGAGACGAGUCAUCCCGAAUCCCGAGCGAAGCCGAUUGAUGGUCGAUUUUGGUCAGUUCGUCACUCACGGAAGCAUUCAAACUCCCGAUGUCGCCGGAUCGGGACCUGAUCCUUGCGACUGUCGACGAACUGACGUUUGUGACAACAUCUCCCACAGUCGCAACGAUCUUGGCCGAACCGACCCUGUCAUUCAGAUGUUUGCCUGUUCCUUCAUCGUCAAGUCCGUUGGAACACUCGAGGCAAGAGGUAACCCGCCGCAAUUGACAAAGGAACAAAUUAAUCAACUCUCGAGCUUCUUGGAUUUGACACAAGUGUACGGCAACAGCGAGCAAAUGCUGAACAUGCUGCGGGAUCCUGUUGACAGGACGAAGAUAUUGCUCAAGGAUCACGGCACUCGAGGGGAUACAAUGCCCACUCUUACUGAUAGUGAGAUCACUCCCUUCAGCUCCAUCACAGAAGACUUCAAGCUUCCAUUCUUCCUCAACGAAAAAAGUCAUCCUGCUCCCGUCGCUGGCGACACUCGAUGUGCGGAAAACAUCGUUCUCUCCUCCUGGCACACAGCUUUUGCUCGAUUCCACAACAAGAUUGCUGACGAGUUGAAAUCCCAAAUGGAGGAUAAGACUGACGAGGAAAUCUUCCUCGAAGCCCGGCAGAUCAAUAUCGGAAUCUACCAGAAUAUCGUUUACAACGAAUGGAUUCCUAGUGUUUUUGGGGAAGAAAAUGCUGCGGCUAUCCCAGAAUUGCAGAUUUCCUCGUCUGGGAGGAAGCGAAGACGAGCUGAUGAGGCAUUUGGUCGACGGGAAACUCCAGGAGAGCAUGAAGCACCAGCUGAAAAUGACCCGCGAAUUCGCAAUGAAUUUGGCGCCGCCCUUUUCCGAUGGGGUCACUCCAUGCAGGCCACUCAUAUCAUCGCUAGAAACUCCCUCUUCGAGCUCCAAGACACCCGAAUGAUGAGAUCCGGCUGGUUCGACCCGGACAUGUUGAUGCACAACAGCGUUGGAUCCGUCAUCCGCGGAGGAAUGAUGAUCAAUUCUAACAAGAUGGGGCCGAAUUGGGUCACUGACACUGUUCAUAUGUUCUUCAUGCCAGCUGGUUUUCCUCAUGGCGUAGAUCUGAGAUCUAUCAAUAUCAUGCGAGGAAGGGAUCACGGUCUAGCAGGAUAUGGUCGGAUGGUCGACUUCUGUCGCACUCAUGCUAAAUGGGGACAAUUUUAUCCGAACGGAGAGCGCCCAACCAUGAUCGGAGGAUGGAACCAGGUUUUACAGGAAUUUGGAAAUGACAUCAAUGCUGUCGAUUUGUACAUUGGAAUGCAGAUGGAGGAGCACUUCCCAGGAUCUCAACUUACUCCAACAACAAUGUGCGCUAUGUCCGAGCAAUUUACCGCCCUCAAGUCUGGCGAUAGAAAGUUCUUUGACGUAGAAGGCCAAUUUACGGAAACUCAAAGAGCGGAAAUUCAAAGCAUGACGCUGGCUAAACUCUUCUGUUUGUCGAUGGAUUCUGAGGACUUCCCUUCGACAAACAGAUGGCCUUUCAUGGGAGCGGGAACUGCCUUCAAGGGACAGAAUAAUGAUCGGGUUUCCUGCUCGGAGACUUUUGCUGACUUCGACUUUGUACUUUGGCAUAAGGAUGCGCCAGCUGAGUUUACAACCACCACAACUACGACCACAACGACUUCAACCACUACUACAACUACAACUUCGACAACCACGACAACGACAACUACUACAACGACGACUACUACUACUACAACGUCAACCACGACAACAACAACCACGACAACGACCACGACUACGACUACGACUACGACAACCACCACUACGACAACCACUACUACUACAACCACUACUACAACUACAACUUCAACGACAACGACGACUACUACUACUACUACUACUACUACAACGUCGACAACGACAACAACUACCACCACUACCACAACUACGACUACAACAACUUCCACAACUACGACUACAACAACUACUACGACUACGACUACAACUACCAGGACAACAACGACCUCGACAACAACAACAACAACAACUACUACUACGACUACAACGACUACAACUACAACGACCACUACAACAACAACUACCACAACUACCACUACUACUACAAGUACUACAACAACGACUUCCACCACUACCCCUCCAUCAAAACUCGCGGAAGCUAAAGCCAUCGCCGAGGGAAUGAAUUGCCCUCUUUUCACAAAACUCGAUGUCGAUCCGGAAACCGUCGAUGCAAUCUGCAACAAAAACGGUGGCAGAUUCAUUUGCAAUUUCCAAUGCGUUGAAAGCUCUCACGCUCUAAACGGCGUCAACAAGGGUCAGUGCAAGGGCAAAAAGUCCUCAAUCAAACAGAAGAAGACUGUCAGUUGCGCGGCUAAACCUCCAAGCUCCUUCCUCCGCGGGUGUGGCGACUUGGCAACUCGGGCAACGACUUCAGUUUCGAAUGCUGAUUUUGAUUGCAAUCGGAAAUUCUGCAGGGUCAAAUGCAAUCCAGGCUUUACUUUCGACACUCUCAGUCAAUCUUGGGAGACUCAAAAGAUCUUCUGCCGACGAGGCAAUCCUAAGCCACUCAUUAUUCAAGCUAACUGUAUUGCUGAUGAGGCGAAUCGAGAUUCUGAAACAGCUGACGCUAGAACUCAGUGCUCAAAUACGCUCUUCCAAGAAUAUUCUGCCUCUUCCGAUGAUAUCGAGAUCGAUGGGUGCGUCAAGAAUGUCUGCAAAGUUUCCUGCAAAAACGGGGCUGAUGUGAGAUACCAGUGGCCUGAUGGCACGGUUGUUUUCAAGUCCGCCUUCCGAUGUUUGAAAAAGACCGUUUGGAAGCCAAACGGUGGAACUAUUCUUUGCUAG